UUCUAUAAGCGGUCUCCACCUUAACUCUAGUUUUUUUUUGAACGUGUAGACGUCAUAUAAUUAGUAUCUAAAAACUUCAUUACGGCCAACUUAACAAUGUUCCUGUCUUUUAAGUCGUGAUCUUGCGUGAGGUGGACGUAUCAGGUCUAUUUGAAAGAUGGGCGCCUAUCGGUAUAUGCAGGAAUUGUAUAGGAAGAAACAGAGCGAUGUUAUGCGUUAUUUGCUUCGAAUUCGUGUAUGGCAGUACCGCCAACUAACGAAAUUGCAUAGAUCGCCCAGGCCAACCCGUCCCGACAAGGCUCGCCGUCUGGGAUUCCGUGCUAAGCAAGGAUACGUUAUUUAUAGAAUUCGUGUACGCCGUGGUGGACGAAAACGUCCAGUACCAAAAGGAUGCACAUAUGGUAAACCAAAAAGUCAUGGAGUAAAUGAGUUGAAACCAUACCGUGGAUUACAGUCUAUUGCCGAGGAACGAGUUGGGCGAAGACUUGGUGGUCUGCGAGUUUUGAAUUCUUACUGGGUUGCUCAGGAUGCCUCCUAUAAGUAUUUUGAGGUAAUAUUGGUGGAUAUUCACCAUAAUGCAAUUAGACGGGACCCAAAAAUAAACUGGCUAUGCAAGCAUGUUCACAAACAUCGUGAACUUCGCGGAUUGACUUCAGCUGGCAAGAGCUCUCGUGGAAUUGGCAAGGGCUACCGUUAUUCGCAAACUAUUGGAGGUUCCCGCCGCGCUGCAUGGAAACGGAAGAAUACUUUGCAAAUGCAUCGCAAGCGCUAACCUGUAUUUAUUUAAUAUAUUACGAAAUAUAUUAAACAUGUAUAACCUAAAAUUCCUUUCUUGUUUGGCAUGAGGCAUUUAGCCUUGCUGUUGUUGGAUAUUUGGUAGUUUACUUGUGAAUUGUUAGGAAAAGCCAGCAAAUUCAUGAGAUAGAAAAUGUAGAGCAUUAAAAAAUUCGAAUUGAAAAUGUACUGCUUUUUGAAUAAAUAAUUUAACAAAUCAA